CCUCCCCCACCCCCAACCUACGGACCCCCACCUCCUCCCCCACCCCCAACCUACGGAACCCCUGCCCCACCCCCACCCUACGGAGCCCUGGUGCCUGCACCUCCCAAGUACGACUUCACAUGGGCUGUGAAGGACCAGUACUCUGGUAACGACUUCGGCCACCAGGAGUCCCGGGACGGCUACAACACUCAGGGCUCCUACUACGUCCUGCUUCCCGACGGUCGCCUCCAGAAGGUGACCUACACUGUCCACGGCGACUCCGGCUACGUGGCCGUAGUCACCUACGAGGGCGAGGCCAAGAUCCCUACACCCAAGCCUGUCUACGGCGCCCCCGCCCCUGUCUACGCCUAAGUCAAUACCGACAACGAUAACGAAUGUGGUUAUAUUUAUUGUGUAUUACACUAUGUCA